AUGACUGUUACAUUGGAUGAUGUGCGGACCAUACUUGGCAUUCCAGUCACUGGCAUGGCUUUGUCAUGUCCUAAGUUAACAAGAUACGAGGUUGCUGAGCUGGUGAAUGCUACUUUGGGAGUGCCAGUGAAUGAUGCAUUUACAGAAUUAGUUCAAUCUCGUGGGCAAUUCGUGAAGCUAGAGUGGUUGCAAACUAGAUUUCAUGAAGUUAAUGAUACAGAUGAUGCAAAUUUCAUAGAAUACGCAGCGAGAGCUUACUUGCUAUACUUAUUAGGUUGUACCCUCUCUGCUGACAAGAGUGGGACUCGAGUACCUAUUGCUUACCUGCACAUGUUGACUGACAUUGAUGCUGUUAGCUCAUAUGCAUGGGGUGCUGCAGCUUUGGCAUUCCUGUAUAGACAAUUAGGACUUGCUAGUAGGGCUGGUGUUAAGCAGAUUGUUGGUUACUUGAAGCUAUUGGAAGCAUGGAUUUAUGAGCAUUUUCGUUUAGGAAGGCUUCAUCCAAAUUUGUCCUAUUCUGAUGAACAAUCUUGUGUAUGUCGUUGGAGUUCGCGGAGAGAUGGAAGUUUUACAGAAGACCACUUGCAGACAUUACGAGAGCUACUUGACAUGUUACGUGCUAAUGAGAUCGAGUGGGAUCCAUACCGUUUAUGUAGGACACACCAUCCACUUCAUGAGGUUGCAUAUUAUACUGGAUGUUUGAAAUGCUUUGAUAUUGUUGAACCCUAUCACCCCAAUAGGGUUUUGCGACAGUUUGGUAGGGUCCAAACCAUCCCACCAGAACCAUUAUCUCCUGUUCGAGCUAUACGGGGUAGUAAACCAGAACAGUACAGAAUCAUGUAUCAAUACCGUGACACGAUAUGGGCGCAAUGGGAGAAUCAUGUGUUGUCCAUUAAUGCUCGUAGUGUGCCUGUACAGCAACGACCAUCUAAAUGUGUACGGGGAUACCGUGAGUGGUAUGCUCGUGUUUCGCAUCGAGUUGUUCAAAAUCCUACACAUCACUCUCAGUUUAAUCCACGUGUUCAACAUCCCGAGAAUGAUGUUACUAUGGAUCCUGAGUGGUGUAAUGAUGCUGCUUUCAAUGUUGGUGCUGCAGUCCAUAGGCUCAGUCGUGAUGAGUGUGUCUUGCACCCUGACAUGCUGUAUGAAACCAUUGGUCGCAUGCUGCAAGUUCUUGAUGGACAGAGUUUGGGAUCUACUUCGACACGUACCGAGCAUCAAGUCUACUAUCGUAAACGUCGUAGGAUGGACCGUACAUGA